AUGGUAUUCAGCCAGGAUUUUCUACGUCGAUCUGAGGCUGCAUUCCGUGCUUUGCAUGAGCGUGUGCUCUUCCUCGAACAACAACAGGCUUCGCAAGGCCCGAGCGAUGAGCAGGUCGAACGAGUGCUUCGCAAAAUACUCGCCGAGCGCUUUGGCGACACAGGAAGUCAAGGCACCGACACUCCAAGCCUAUCGAAAGACGUGGAAUACUUCGUUCAGCCCCCAGACAAUAGCACCUCGAUUCCUAGAGCGCCCCCUAUAGACCCGAUGAUGCUUAUCGUCGACCCAGAUGCAGUACCAUCCAAAGCCUACGGUCAGACAUUUCAGAUGCUGGAGAAGGGGCUGAGCCAAUACCCUCAACUCGAGGAUGCCAAACCUGUGGUCAGAGAUACUACCCCGAAUGACGAAGUCAUCUUCAAACGUCCACCAUUUCCACCCAACCAUGGUAGACCCUGGUAG